AUGAUUUCAUUAUCGGAAUCAAAGGCAAACGGAGAGAAGAACGCGGUGGAAGACCACCCAGCAAAAGGUAGACAUCCGGGAGUACCCCUUCAAUCGAUUCGAAACUAUCACGUGCUUCUCGAUUUGCAGGACCCCUAUGAACCCCUUGAACGUCGCCCCCCUGGUUACCACCUUCUGCACACCGGCUCCAGCAUCGGCCGCGAGAAUCUUAAUCGCCUUCGCCAUAACUUCAAGCAUAUACAAUAUACCAAACAGGUGGAACUUAUUGAUUACCUACAAUGGCGAUCCUCACAGCAAGAUGGAGCGAAGAAUAACUCAAAAUUUGUCAAUGUGUGUGCAACUAAGGUUAAUUCUACGAUUUAG